AUGAUUACAGUUAUGCAGGUUUCAAAUCUAAUACGUCACAAUGAGUUGACGCGAGUAAAAAUCAAAACGAAAGUUGUUCAGUUGAAGUUGCUGCGGGAGACUUUUUCUAAAUUUUUGCCAAGUAAAAGUAGAAAAAUGCGUGAAAUUGUUCAUCUUCAAGCUGGCCAAUGCGGCAACCAAAUUGGGGCCAAGGUAAGAGGCAAUCAGUUAAGUUCAAUUUAGGAUCUCACGAAGUAUUAAGCGUAUUUUCAUUCAUUUCAGUUCUGGGAAGUUAUCUCGGACGAGCAUGGCAUCGAUCCGACUGGCACAUAUCACGGAGAUUCCGACCUUCAGCUGGAAAGAAUAAACGUCUAUUACAAUGAAGCUACCGGUAAAUUGUCUUUCUCUUUGUACAGGUUAAAUCUGCCUUCCUAUUGUACGUCCCAAAGAAAUCUUUUUCCCUGCGCAUUUUCUUGUUUUUCUCUAACUUUCAGGCGGCAAAUACGUUCCAAGAGCGGUUCUUGUCGAUCUUGAGCCCGGGACAAUGGAUUCUGUUCGCUCGGGGCCAUUUGGACAAAUUUUCCGACCCGACAAUUUUGUUUUUGGUAAGUGAUAGUGCGGUCUCUUCACUUAAUUAUUUGACGCGGGGAGUGUUAAGUAUGAAAAAUUUAUUAGCUCAGAAAACCAUUUUUGCUCUCCAUUUUGCCGCAGCACCAGUAUUUGCGGUCAUAUAAAGUUACAGUUGCUUUUGCCCAUCCAGUACGUAAACAUUUCAACAAAACAUAAGCUCAUUGCAAAGACGCUAUACGGUCAAGAGAAAAUGACUUAACUGAUUUGAAGUCUUUUGUCAAAGCGCUUUUCCUCAUAUUAUACUGACAUCAUCCAAAAUAUCUUUCAAACUUCUAUGGGAAAAGGUGGCGGGAAAUUGCCGCUUACCAUUAUUUGUUAUGAUGCCACAGACAUAUCUUUGACAGGUAUUCCCACCGCAAUCAAAUAUCCCUGACUCCUUCCACUUUUUUCAUCUUUAUCAGUAGCUCUUUUUACAGAAGGUCUUGGGUUCUUUCAGAAAAACCAUAGAAACUACCAGCCAUACAGUAGACACUGAGUCGGCUGUUAAUUUACUAUACCAGCAUUGUUCUAUGUUAAGAAUAUAGGUGCGGUCUCUUUCAUAAUAAACUUGUUGUUAUCUUAAAAAAUGAUUCCCCGACUGCGAGCAAGCACGCUCCUCUAAAUGUUUUCCUCUUUAAAUGAUUUUUGUUUUCCUUUUUUAUUUUUUCUGCUUCUCCUAGAAGUGACUUGUGUAAGAUUCUGAGUUUAACUUGAAACAGGGGCUCACAAUGCGACAUCUCUGUUCGUCACUUACAUUUCCUAUAAAAUCAGUAGUUUCUUAUAUGUGGAAAUAUCCUCCGAGUUGAAAGCAUAACUGAUCAAUAAAGAAUAAACCUGAACCCCGAAUGUACCAUUUCUUGAUUUGAAAGCUGUGUCGAAAAAAAAAUCCUUGAAGAAAGCAGGUCGAGUCUUUUCUUAAGAAAAACAUCUUUUUGACAACCCUCAAAGACACUUCUGCUAUUACAACCUUUGGAACUAGUAGACCUAGUAGUAGGAACGUCGCGAAAACAAGGUCAAGGAAUAGGACGCGCGGGAUCUGGUAAGGGGCGGCGCCUUCUUUCUCACCAGUCUCCACACGUUUUUCGUAUCAGUUUUAACGAUCUUUGCACAUUACUACCAUGAAGCCUGGAACAGUCUAAGCACACUACAGCCGCUGAUUCAAACUAUGCAGCCAACAAGUGUGAAAAAUGUUCACAAAAACAAAAACUAAGGCCUAUUUGUUUUUUCUGUAACAUUAAUGAUAUGGAGGAGAUUUCAUAUAUUCAUCAGGUCAGAGUGGUGCCGGAAACAACUGGGCGAAAGGACAUUACACUGAAGGAGCUGAAUUGGUAGAUUCUGUGCUUGAUGUAGUUCGUAAAGAAGCAGAGAGCUGCGAUUGCCUUCAAGGCUUUCAGCUCACGCACUCUCUUGGCGGUGGAACCGGCUCUGGAAUGGGAACGCUUCUUAUUUCGAAGAUCAGAGAAGAAUAUCCCGACAGAAUCAUGAACACAUUCAGUGUUGUGCCAUCACCAAAAGUAUCGGACACCGUUGUAGAGCCUUACAACGCUACACUGUCGGUCCAUCAGUUGGUCGAAAACACUGAUGAAACAUAUUGCAUUGACAAUGAAGCUCUGUACGAUAUCUGCUUCAGAACCCUGAAGCUCACCACACCAACUUAUGGCGACUUGAACCAUCUCGUGUCAGCGACGAUGAGCGGUGUUACAACUUGCCUUCGUUUCCCUGGACAGGUAAUAAAAUAUUAUUUUACAACUAUGAUAAAGAAUUAAACCAAACAAAUAACAUGGACCAAUGGGUUCCUAUGGUGAACGCAGUGCAUCCUAUUUAAGGUGAUUCUCUAGAAAAAGAACCUAACAUAGAUUGUAGACGAAACUUGGUACACUGAUGUAACAAGUCAAGAAGAUGAUAAAAAGGUAAUAAAAAGUGGAGGUCACCGUGCUCGUUUUGACGUCACAAUGCUGACAAAUACGGCUAUUUUGGGCCCUUUGACAAAAACCGCCCGCAGCCCAAAACUAGACAAAAAGGAAAGAUUUUUUCAAUUAUGCAUGUGGUAUCGCACAGAAUUUGACUUUAAUGUAUUGUUUAUCCACUUACGUACCAGAAAAAUGCCUUUUAAUGCCCUUGUUUUUACUUUACGCUCCAAAGUAGAAUUAAAUUGGACACGCGCUAUUCGACACGUGAUAGCUCAAUCCGUACAAUUUAGUAAAAUUGCCGAAAAACUGAACAUAGAUUUGUGCCAAUUUUUUUCUCACUGAAAGGAAACACUGUCCUUAUUAAAAUCAUGAAAUAAAAAAUGGGGGUCACCGUACUCGUUUUUGCGGUAGAGCUGCAGAAAGUGCGCACCAAAUGCAUUUUCCUUGAUUUUUGAGAGAGGACUGGGGCGAGUUUCAAAAUAGCAUGUAUGCGAAAGGGGAAGAAAGUAUUCAAAAGUCCGUUUUUACAGAAUUUACAUCGAGAUAUCACAUUUAGGACACAAUGUGAUAAAGAAAGCGUUUAAAUGAAAAUCAAAGUGAAUAAGCACAAAUUAAACAUCCACUAUCGAGGUUCUCCUUGGGGAAGUCGUACUCAGCAACACGCGUACUGCUUACGUUUUGCACAUUCCCACCACAUUGAGUCUCACCUCGGCAAGAAACAACCGCAAGCAAAAAUUCCAAUAGCGUUUCUCUUCGAUCAACUUCAUUUUAAUAAUGUUACUUCACAUGCUAUUUUUUACGGAGGCCAUCUUGUUAUGCGCAGUAAGAGAUGCGCAGUGCAAAACCAGGGAAUCACCUUAAACGGGAAAAGCAAAUGAACGCUUAUUUCCCUCCUGCAAGGUUGUCAUUAACGCCUAAAUACCUCUUUUGUUUAGCUGAACGCUGACCUCAGGAAACUAGCCGUGAACAUGGUUCCUUUCCCUCGUCUUCACUUUUUCAUGCCUGGAUUUGCCCCCCUCACCAGCAGAGGAUCCCAGCAGUAUCGUGCACUAACAGUACCAGAACUAACCCAGCAGAUGUUUGAUGCCAAGAACAUGAUGGCUGCAUGUGAUCCAAGGCAUGGUCGUUAUCUGACUGUUGCAGCCAUGUUCCGUGGUCGUAUGUCCAUGAAGGAAGUAGAUGAACAGAUGUUGAACGUUCAGAACAAGAACAGUUCCUACUUCGUUGAGUGGAUCCCCAACAACGUGAAGACAGCUGUAUGUGACAUCCCACCCCGUGGUCUGAAGAUGUCUGCUACCUUCGUUGGCAACAGCACUGCCAUCCAAGAGCUGUUCAAGCGCAUCAGUGAGCAGUUCACUGCUAUGUUCAGGCGUAAGGCUUUCUUGCAUUGGUACACUGGUGAAGGCAUGGAUGAAAUGGAAUUCACUGAGGUAAGGACUGUUGAUGCUAUGCACCUGUUCAGUAUAGUUCUCACCACUGUGGAAUCAAUUGUAAUUGCUACUUGGGUAACUGUAAUACUAAGGACUGAUUCAUGCGAUAUUCCAACUGCAGAGCUUCGCCUGCUAUUACGUAGGUUAGACUAUACUUACCUUAGGCAGGUCCCCAAAAAGGUAUAUUCAUAAAUGUAUUUUAUCCCUGUGCUCGCAGUCUUUGUUAAGAUAGUGCUUCCCUAAUAGCGAUUUUCGUAUGACCUUGAAAUGAAAAAGCGCGAACAAAGCAGGAACAACAAACGAACGGAAAUAAGGCGAUUUGAUUGGUUUAUCGAACGGAUACAAACGGGCGUGGCUGUUGGUUGGUUAAGGGUCCGUUCUCUUCUUCGAGCCGUCCAUUCUAACUAAACGCCUGAAACAGGAUAGUAUGUUUAAGGAAGGUUAUCUAAAGGAGAAGUUCAUUUUAGAAAUUACUAAAGCUGCUAACUAAUUAAUUCUUUACACAGGCUGAAUCUAACAUGAAUGAUCUUGUGUCUGAGUACCAACAAUACCAGGAUGCUACAGCUGAGGAGGAAGGAGAGUUUGAUGAGGAAGAAGAAGAAGGAGAAGCUGCCUAA